CCUCCUCGGGGUGGAACCUCCACCCACAGCGAGCCAUGAGGGUUCUCCAGCUGCUCUUUGCAGUCCUUGUCAUCCUCCUCCUCCAGGGCACUCCGGCAGCCAGAGGCCUUUCAGACAGCCAGCAGUGCAGAAGCAACCGUGGCCACUGCCGGAGGCUCUGCUUCCACACGGAGCGCUGGGAAGGGAGCUGCAGCAACGGCCGCCUGCGCUGCUGCCGGUGACAGCAGCCACCCCAAAGUGAUGUGACAGCCCCAGGAGAGCCAGCCCAGUGCUCCUGCAGCCGGAACUGUACACAGAGCCUGCCCUCAGACACCCCCGUGCCUCCGCUUGUAGCUGGGUUUGUCGGCCGCCAAUAAACCUCUUGGGUUUCUAUGUC